AGUAUGCUGCGUGCCUCCGUAGGAAGCGUUGUCGUAGUGACGAGCGCGUCAGAUUCCGAAUGCGAAUUCCUUCCCGCCAAUUUUAUGGAUUUAAUAUUUAAACCCAGUGCUAUGUAUUGUGAACAGUUCUGACUCUCUUAGGGUCCCCUAGAAUUAAGUGGUUAUUUUUUAGUUUUAUUUAUAACUUAAGUGCUGUGUUCUACGAAGGCUCAAUGGAGAAGAUGGGAUCCUUUGCGAUCGUUGCUCUUAUCUUCUUAUUUAAAGAUGUUUAUACGUUACAAAAGUUCGACAAGCAGCCGCAGUACUCAGAGGUGAACCCUGGGGAGGACAUCAAACUUGACUGCAAGAUCUUCAACAAGAGAGGGACAUGUUCUUGGCAAAAAGACAACAAGCCCGUGGGCCUGUACAUGAAGAAGUACGAGUGGGCGGGCACCCAGGAGACGGGCGACUGUAGCUUGUGGAUACGCGCCGCGACGCUGGAGUUCGACGACGGAGAGUGGGAGUGCCAGGUGACGGCGAGCGACUUCACCACGCAAGACGCCCUCACCUCCGCCCCCGUGCGUCUCGUCGUCAGGGUUACACCCCAAAGACCGAGAAUAGAACACCGCAGUGGCACCGUCACCCCGAACCACAAUGUUACGGUGAAAGCCGGGGAAAAUGCCUCCAUUAAGUGCCUCAGCAAGUACGGCAACCCGCCAGCAGCGCUCAAGUGGUUUCUCGGCAAUCAAGAGAUUACGAACUUCAGCAAACAGAGCAACAGCCCUGAAAUCGACAACCCUCGUACCUGGGUGGCAGCCUCGGUCCUUGAGAUGCAGCUGAAUAAGGACAAUCACAGGAACAGCCUCAAGUGUAUCGCCAUCCAUGAGUCUUACCCGGCCAAGAGUCAGUCGACAGAAGUCCGCUUGGACGUUACUUACGCACCCGAGACGCGGCUGGUCGGUACCCCCGGCUCUGACGUAGAGGAGGGUGUUGACACGGUGGUGCUGCGGUGUGUCACGGACGCUAAUCCGCCGGCCAACAUAUUAUGGAAAAGAGCUGGAGAAGCGAACCAGAUACCUGUCGCAGACGAGUCGCUCUCUUUCCGACCUGUAACUAGAAGAGACUCCGGUAUCUACACGUGCACUGCCCAAAAUAAGUUGGGCACAAGCGAUCCUCUCACUGUACAGUUGGACGUCAAGUAUCCACCUGUUAUCAAGAGUGUAGGGCCGGACCGUCUGCAGACUGCCUCUCUGUAUUCGCAAGCCGUGUUUGCGUGCGACGCCGAGAGCCACCCGCCCCCUACGUACCAGUGGCUGCAGAAGCCGACGCCCUCCACCUCCCCCGACGCGAUGCUGAGGGGCUCCGAGUCUCGCCUCGUCAUCCGCAACGUCACCUACGACCACCAGGGCGAGUACGUCUGUCGGGUCGUGAACCUGAUAGGAGGUCGCGAGCGCAUGGUGCAGAGCGAGGCCGUCAGUCUUCAGGUGGUCGGUGCGCCGCAGAUUCUACGUGAGGGUGGCGAAGACGCCAGCGUGGAGGUGGUGGUGAUGCGAGGUCAGCCCGCCCUACUGAGACAGGUCGUCUGCGCCGACCCUCGACCCCGAAGGGUGGUCUGGGAAUGGGGCAGUCUGCAGCUAGCGGCGGGCCAGGGCCAAGGGAGGUACCACGCCGAAGAGCUAAUACAGGACGAUCGAGAAGACUGCUACGAAGCCCGCCUCAACAUCCAGGACGUGGAGCUGUCCGACUCCCGCAACUACUUCAUGUACGUGGAGAACGACCGAGGCAGUGAUCGCUGCUCUGUGCGGCUGGCCGUCCGUGGUUCGUAUACUGAACCAAUAGCCAUGACGACCCUGAUCAGCCUGGCUGGAGCGUGUUUUGUUGUGUUCUUACUCUGUAUCCUCUGCGGAGUCUACUGUGUUCGAGCCGAGAAGUGCUGCUUCAACAGAAGAGGAGACUUCAGACCGACAGAUCUGGAAAGUGAGAAAAGCGAGCUUGACAGCACAGGUAGGAAGACGCCGAAGAUAGACGGGGUAUUACACAACCCCGGGGACACGAUGUACUGUUCCACUCCCACGAGGCGGCCGCCCCACACGAUAACCGCCGGUGGUUCACCUGAGGCCAUGAAGGUGAGACUGGCCGCCAUGGUCCUGCAGCCCCCCACCAGGGUGUAGCGGUCG